AUGUUCGCCAUUUACCGUGCCAGACGACUCAGGCUCCCACCGGAUCUCUCUAUUUUCGCCGCCUCUCGAUUUCGGACUUCUGAAAAUGCACCCAUGGCGUUCACCACCGAGAAACCACCACAAGGUGUUCGCGAAAAUGACCCUGAGAAAUCCUUUACCUUUUCCUACCUCGUAAGCUCAUGCGGGUUGGCCCCAGACGUCGCCGUCCGCGCCUCUAGUAAAAUCCAGCUGAAAUCGCCUGAAAAACCAGAUGCGGUCUUGAAUCUCCUCAGAGAGUACGGAUUCACGGCCGCCGACAUCUCUGUAAUGGUCACCCGGUGGCCGAACGUUCUCUCUGCCUGCCCGGACAAAACCCUUUUGCCCAAGCUCGAGUUUUUUGCCUCCAUUGGUGUCCCCCUCCCCAUCCUGGCCAGCAGGCUGUCCCAAACCCCUUAUGUCUUACGGAACAACCUGAAGAAUUCAAUCAUCCCCUCAUACGAUUUCCUGAAAAACCUGCUCGGGUCGGAUAAGCUGGUAGUGCAAGUCUUUAAACGGAAUCCAAUGAUCUUCCACUUGUACCUGGUCGGCAACUUCAAAUCCAACCUCUCGUUUCUAGCAUCCCGCGGGGUUCCCUGGCCCUCUCUCGUAUCACUGGUCAAAUGCGAACCAAGAAUGUUCCUGGCUCCUCAGGAGAAGUUAUCUUCGUGCAUGGAUCGUGCAAUAGAAAUGGGGUUUGAUGUGUCCAAAAUUGCAUUUUUGAAGGCCAUUAAGGUUUUUGUGAGUUUUGAUGAGUCGACCCUCAAGCGAAAGAUGGAGAUUUAUAGAAAGUGUGGCUGGUCGGAAUCUGACAUCAGGACCGCCUUUCUGAGUUAUCCGCUCUGUAUGUCCUUGUCCGAGAAGAAGAUUCUGGAGGGUAUGGGUUUUCUCGUUGAUAAAUUAGGGUGUGCACCAGGUGACGUGGCUCGGUGCCCUUUGCUUCUUAGUUACAGCAUCGAAAAGAGAAUGAAGCCUAGGUGGGCGGUUGCUACAGUUUUGAGUGAGAAAGGGCUGAAGAAUGUGUCUGGCAAGACCUUGCUGUCACCGUCCGAUAAGAUUUUCUUGAAGAACUAUAUCGAGAAGUACAAGAAGGAUGUUCCUGAACUUUUGGGCAUUUAUCGAGGUAUUCAAAUCCUGGCUCGCACCUCCUGA